AUAAAAUUUGUAUUUGUUAAUUGUCUAACCACUUAAGAAACUGAAAUUGUUCUCGAAUUUCACGAAUAGGAUGCGAGUUUAAUUGUAAGGACUCAGAACUGAUAGAAUCCAGUCAAAGGCAUCUGACCGUUGAGCCUGGAAUUUAAAAAUUUGAAUUUCCCGGGAGUCCUUUUUACCUAACCAAAGCAAGCUUUUCUCAACCACAAGCCUUGAUCCUCCUAAAAAUAGUAGCCAAGUGUUGGGGUCCCAAUAAACCCCUUAUUCCAAUUGUUUUCCCCUUCUCUUCCCAAAAUUAGAUCUCAUCUUUCCUCUUCCCACCAAUUUUCUUCGGUUCUUUUACCAACUCUUUUGUUCCAUUUCCAAUUUCCAUUACAUUAUCCUUUCUUCUUUCUAUUUUUUUUGGUUCUUUUUGUAUUGAUUUCAUAUGUCCAGUUGUGUCGCGGUCAAAUUAUUCGCCGAUUCAAUGUCACCGUAUGUUUGCAUGUCGACCGAAGGAUUAUGCAGGAAAUAAUCCGCCGUAUCGAAUACGAACCUCGAACGCUUGCUUGCUUCCUUCUUCUCAAUCUCUUGAGUUGAGAUAGCAAGAGGGAAAGCACAAAAGAGGCCAUCGAAGUCUCAUACCUUGUUUAUCGAUCUUCGCUCGUCUUUGCAAUGGAGCAGUUCCGCCAGAUAGGGGAACUUCUUGGAAGCCUCAAUGCUCUCAUGGUGUUCAAAGACAACAUACAAAUCAAUCGCCGCCAAUGCCUCCUUUUGGUCGAAGCUUUCACCCUCGCAUUUGAAGGGAUUGCAGAGGAGAUGAAAUGGAACCUCAAGUUCAAUGAGAAGUCCAGCAAAUGGCAUUCCCUCGAGAGCCCCCUCAGAGAGCUACAUAGGAUCUUUAAGGAAGGCGAGCAAUACGUAAGACAAUGCAUAGAGACCAAGGACUGGUGGGCUAAAGCUCUCUCCCUCAAUCAAAGCACCGACUGCGUUGAUUUCCACCUGCACAAUUUGCUAUGGUGCGUUCCGGUGGUGCUCGAGGCCAUUGAGAAUGUGAGCGAGAUCUCGGGCUGCGACCAAGAAGCAAUUCACAAGAAGCGGGUCAUGUUGGCAAAGAAGUACGACAGAGAUUGGUUGGAUCCUCAGCUCUUCCAGCACAAGUUCGGAGAGCGAUAUUUAGUUUCCAAAGACAUGCGCAGCAAGCUCGACAGUGUUUGGAAAGAAGACCAGUGGAUUCUUUCGGAGAUUGUAACUGCAAAGCCUGAGAAUCAGCCUCUUGCCGAGGUUCUUUUAGCUCCAAAGGGGAAGGUACUACCUAGUUCAAUUCUCGUCGGAUCAAAGGAUUACCAAGUGAGGAGACGAUUAGGGAACGGCGGACACUAUAAGGAGAUCCAAUGGAUGGGGGAGAGCUUUGCUGUUAGACACUUAUUCGCUGACAUCGAACAGUUAAGACAUGAGAUAUCUCUUCUGUCUUCGAUAAGGCACCCUAAUCUGAUGCAUAUCAUGCACACGUUCUUCGACGAAGAGAGAAAAGAGUGCUUUCUUGUUAUGGAGCUCAUGAACAAAGAUCUUUCUAGCCAUAUCAAAGAGAUAUGCUCGGCUAAAAGACGCCUCCCCUUCCCGCUUCUCGUGGCAGUGGACAUUAUGCUGCAGAUUGCGAGAGGAAUGGAGUACCUCCACUCGAGAAAAAUCUAUCACGGAGAUUUGAACCCUUCAAAUGUUUUAGUGAAAUCAAGAACCACUACUUCCGACGGGUACUUGCACGUCAAGAUAACAGGUUUUGGGACUUCGGGUUCGAAGGAUAUAAGAGCACCAACAAAUCACACAACUGCUGCUGCUGCUGCUGCUGCUGCUACUGCUGCUAGUACAAGUCCAUGCAUAUGGUAUGCACCUGAAGUUCUGACAGAGCAAGAACAAUCCCCAGAUAACGGUGCGGCAAAAUACAGAGAGAAAGCAGACGUGUACAGCUUUGCGAUGAUUUGUUUCGAGCUUCUGACGGGAAAAGUGCCUUUCGAGGAUGAACACCUUCAAGGGGAUAAGACAAGCAGAAACAUUAGAGCAGGGGUGAGGCCCUUAUUCCCGUUUCCGUCUCCGAAGUACUUGACAAACCUAACGAAGAAGUGUUGGCAGGCAGAUCCUUCUCAGCGCCCGAGCUUCUCCGCAAUCUGCAGAGUCCUCCGUUACAUGAAACGGUUCUUGAUUCUGAACCCGGACCAUAACCAGCUUGAUUUACCGACCCCUACCGUGGACUACUUCGACCUCGAAACAAGUCUUUGUAAGAGGUUCGCAACGUGGGGGACGACAGAUGCUUUGAAGGUGUCCGAGAUCCCUUUUCAGCUGUUUGGUUAUCGAGUGACUGAGAGAGAGAGGGCUAGUUUGAACCUCAAGGAGAAGAGUUCCGAAUCGGGGAGUGAGGGGGCGUCGAUAUGCGGAGAGGAGAAUGGAUUCGGUCUGAAUAUCCACGAGGAUCCUUUCCCUUCUCCCGUCGGUUCUGCGAGGGCGCCGCCCCUUCAGGUCAACUGCGAAACUACCAAGAAAGCAACUACAAAGAAGACUGAUGCAAAAGCCAAAACUCCAAACGGACAUGCUCAGAAAGGAAGGGUGGUGAGACCACCGCAGCGAACGCUUUGCAGCCGCAGUUUGAGGAUCAACUCCGAAAGCCGGAUAAGGAUGAGCCAGGCUAUACGGAGGCUAUCCGGUCAUGCGUCGGAUUCGGAGUUGGCAUAGGGCUUCAUGAUUGCUGUUGUUUCAAUGAUGAUCAGAGAAAGAGAGUCCAUGUAAAAAUUGCUUGAGCAAUCAAUAGAGUGAUUGAUGUUUUUACAACAAAUUAAGCAUGACGAUCGAAGAACAAAACAAGUUUCGAUGUCGGUGAUGUAUCGCUGGAUCCACGGGAAGUCUUGAAGCAGGAAGUUUGAUUUAUGGCAGGCUGAGCAUGCAUAUUCUUGAAA